AUGAAGACUGUUUUCAGCCUUUUGAUCUCUCUGCAGGACAUCGCUCGGGACUGUCUGAGGAUACAGGUGUUACAGGAGUUUGCUGAUUACCUGUGUGGAGUGGAGCCCCCCAUGUUAGAAUAUGACGUAGUGAAGAAGGAAUACUACUCAGUGGCGCCCUCUACUGACUACAGCGAGGCUCCCCAUGGGGACCUACCCUCAGAUUCAGAUGAGAAGGAACAGCAGCUCAAAGACAAGGAAAAUAUACAGAAACUGAUAGAGAAGGACAGACACCGGUGUAUAGAGUUGGAGAUCCACCCCAUUUUCUUGAUUCCGGACACCAACUGUUUUAUUGAACACUUUUCAAGCCUAAAACAGCUCAUUCAGCUGAAGAAGUUUACUGUGGUAGUGCCUUUAAUAGUUAUUAAUGAGUUGGACGGAUUAGCCAAAGGUAGCAAGGAGGGACAAUACGACUCAGCGGAUCAGGCCGUGAAGGUCGCCGAGAGGUCAAAACAAAUGGUGGAAUUCCUAGAGGAGGAGUUUGACAAAAAGAACUCACACCUGAAAGCCCUGACCUCUAAAGGGAACGUACUGGAGACCAUCUCAUUCCGAAGUGAGGAGGGGGAUAGUAGCGGGGGAAAUAAUGAUGACAUCAUCCUGUCCUGCUGUUUACACUACUGUAAAGACAAAGCCAGAGAGUUCAUGCCAAAGGAGAAAGAUGCCCCCGUGAGGUUGUACAGAGAAGUGGUGUUAUUGACGGACGACAGAAAUCUACGACUGAAGGCUCACACCUGUAACGUACCUGUCAAAGAUGUCCUGUCGUUCCUCAAGUGGAGUAAGAUCACCUGAACUGACCCGUGAGAUGAUGGCAUCAGUUCUCCUAGGACCCGGGCCUCUGGAAUGCCAGCCUAGUGUGUCAGCUAAUGGCGCUUGGCUCAUGUCCUUUAUCUAGUGUGAACAAUUUGUCUGUUUGGCUUGUGUUAAUUAUCACAAUGGCCCGUACAAGAUAACCAAAUAAUUUCAAGGAUACUACUUGUAAUACUGAAUGGAAAUUUCUACUUUUCCCAGCUUAACCCACACAGAUUUCAGGAGUACGUCAGAAGAGUGGUGUUUUCUACUGUUGUGUAGAUAAAUUAUCUUUAGCUCUAGUGAGUAAUGGAGGAGAUUUUUCCUUCGUGUAUUUAUAAACUGUGACUUUUUGAACUGAUGGGACAGUGAGUGUUUGGACUGCAUUGACAGUGAGUUUUAUAUUAACCUUUUUAACCCUGAUAAUUGUGAAAUUUGUGAUAUUGUCAAUACAUGUUGCACUUGUUCUGCAACAUUCAUUGACAUUUAUGGAGUUUCUCAAAGUUCUUAAUUCUGAGAGGAGGAAAAAUUCAUGAUCUGGGAAUCACCAAAGAAAGAAGUAAAUGUUUGAAAAAACAGUUCUGGUGUGAAAUAUUAUUAUGGCAGUUACAGAAUGACAACUUAGGAUAAUAUUCUAAUGAAAGAAGCAGCAGCUUUAAACCUUUUUACUGUUUUAUGGAGUUAUACAGCUUUAAAUGGUAGAAUUCUUUUCCUGAACCCCCAAGCAAACUUGUGAAGACUUUUAGUUAUACAUGUAGUUUCUUGUUAGAGAAGUUGUAAAUGUAUAAUUUGAAAACAUAUACCUAUGUUUGUACAACAUGAACAAGCUUUAGAACCUGCUUGUUAGUCAAGAUCAAAGACCUGAACACAGUUAUGUACACAUAUACGUAUCACGAUAGGAUUUUUUUUUUACUGUAUAUUGAAAAGCAAAGAUUCCCCCUCCAAAAUCAUAAUAAUUUGGCCGGAAUAUAAAUUGGCAGUAAGUGUAUUCAUUUGUUUGUAAAUGUCCUUUGUAAAGAAAAAAAAAACAAAACAAGUGAACUUGUAAAAAAAAAAAAAAAAAAGAAUUUAAGGUUUGAAUAGAUUUGGUUUGUUUGAAUUAAGAUUGAUUUUAAAUUUUAAUCAAUUUACUAGUAUAGGCAAGAAACUAAGGUUUGAAAGAGGGGUGGGGGGUUACAAUGCUUAGGGCUGGUCAAUGAAAUGUACUGGAGUUUUAUUAUAUACCAGUAUACUAGUAUCACUGCUCUGUAUUGUGAAAUUAAUAAAAUAAUUUCAGUGUUUACUGUUUGAAAAAGGUUCAGUAGAAAUGACAUCUCUAUAAAUCUGUGACUACAGUGUACAUUGAGUUAACAUUAAGAGGUUUUUGACAUGUUUAGGGGUUACUAUUUUAAUACUUUUAGUCUCUAUUAACAUGAUUAAUUUGUUAUUGUGGGGUGUUACACUUACUUACACUUUUAUCAUUAUUUUAUUUAGAGGUUACUGUUGUUAUUCAUUUGCCUGUGUUGUUUUAUGAACCUAUAAUGAGAGACUUAAGGAUUGGUGGUCCCCUGCUUACACCAGGGAGUGAAAUCUAUGGGAAUAGAAAGCAUCUCCUCAUAAAAGAUUUAAAUACUUUAAAUCACUUUCGAUUCGAGAGGAUGUUAUUUUUGUGUAAUUAUGCAAUAUGGUCUGCUCGGGAAAAUUUUAUUCUUACAUAUAUUUUUAUAAGCAAUGGAUAUAUUCAGUGAUUCCUGACAAUUUAAACACACUUACCUGGUAUAUUUACCUAUCUCUAAUAAAAAUGAGAUGUCAUGGAAAUUAAGUGAUCUACAGCAUGUACAGUAGCUAUCAGAAUUUAUUUGUUUAAUAGCCUUCACUUCUCACCGUGGUUAUAGUACAGCUAUAAAAUGUUGUACAAGAUGUACAAACUUUGGGAUGUUUGUCAAUUCUUUGCUUGUUGUCUAAUUUUUGUUUCUACUCUUAUCAAUUUCAGAUACUCUCAUGUCCAUUCAAUUCAAGAAAUAAAAAUGUUUCAAUUUUGAAUUCAUCUUCUCCAAGUUCUAUUGAAAAGAUAUACAUAUAUUACUCAUAUACAAAAAUGCUCACUAGAUGGGAAAUUAAUCUUAUUUUUAAAGGACACAUUGAAUUUCAGAAAUAUUUUAUUUCCCUUCUCUCUCUGUUUUGAGCAGUUUAAAAUGUUAAAUUCAAUAUCAUAAUAAGUUUUCAAGUCAAUAUAACAGGGUAGUGUUUAGAUUAAUUUUUUUGCAAAUUGCAUGAUUUAUUAAUAUGGAGUGAUGGUUAAAUUUCAUUGUGUAUUUAACACUUAUUUGUUGACAUUUUUUACAUUUAUACUUUAUCUUUUUUCUGUAUAUCUAUGAAAUGUCAAGUGCUCCUGACCUUUGUAUUGUGUCAGCAAAAUUCCUGUACCAUUUUACUGAUGGAUCAUUAUGUAUAAUCAUUAUAAAUAAAUCAGGUAUAUUCAUUUA